AAAGAAAACGAAAAAGAAGAGAACUCACCCAACUCCAUCAUCAUCCCCUGCGAAUUCACCACCCCCUGUCUAACCAACCCCCCCAACCACCCCACACACCCACGCAAAGUGAUCUCGCACAUCUUCGGCCGCAACAAAACCGCCACCAAGCUGUUCCCGGCGCACGUGUGGAUCCACUACUGUCGCAAACACUACCAGCGCGCACGGUACCGGUCGUCGCAGUGGCCGUUUACGCAGUGCGAGCUGCUGGGGGAUUCGUUGGCGCGCAUGCAGGCGUGGGGCGGCGUGGAUUGGUUCGAGGUUUGUUUGCGGAGGAGGGAGGUGAUGAGGGUUUUUGGGUCUGCUGCUACGAGUAUGAAGGGUAGAGAGGAUGCUGAUGAUGCUGAUGAUGAUGAUGAUGAAGAAAAGAAAAGAAGAAAGAAACCGCUUAUUGUGCCGGCUCCGGUUCCGGGUUGGUUACGGCUUGAGAUCGCGGGUGGGGAGCCCAAGUCGUUUGAUCAGGUUCGGGAGUUGGUGCGGUUGAUCAGGCAGGAUAUGGAGAGGGUGCGGGAUGCCGGCGGGCAGGUGAGGUUUCCUGAUAUUGAGAUUUUGCCGGUGUUCAAGGGGUGGGUU